AUGCGCGAAGAUGUUAUGAAUUCGGUGAUAAAUCGGCUUAAUGUGUCAAAGUUAGAAGUAAACUUCAACAUAGAUAGGGAAGGCGAGCAUCAAAUGGAUUGCUACACGAUCUUUAGUUUACCCUCACGUUACUUCGCAAGAACCUGUCCUAUAUGCGCCAAAACUCAUUGGUACUUGGAUGGCAAAUGGUGGAUCGACAGACAAGGCAAUAAAAGAUAUUAUUUGAAAUGUGAUAAUAUCAAAGAGCCUGGAAUCCUGCUUGAUGAGACAACAGAGAUUAUGGUUCGUAAAAAGAAUAAAAGGCAUAAGCAAUCCACAUCAUCAACAGCUUCAGCCAAUGAGACCCAGUCACAAAGUGUUUCGCUUACAGUAACAGAUACGGAACUACAAGAACUUAUACGCCAAGGUCUUGUAGUUGAUGAAGUUCACGAAGUAUUAGAAUAUGAUCGAAAAAGUAUGCCUUGGGUUGAUAACUUUAUUUGUCUUUCGAUUGAGCUCGAAAACCAAUGCAAUGAUCCAAGAGAAAAGGCAUAUCACGCCUUAAUGAGAGAACUCUUUACCAUGAAGGCAUUUCGUGAUGCAUCCAGUCAAGAUGGAUUCGUCUCCGGAGCAGAAUAUUAUAGAUAUAAAAUAGAUAAUCGCAUAACUGAUUUCAUCAUUCAAAUGGGGCAAGGUAAAAAAGGAUGGUUGAGCCGUGGAUCAGUUGCGACAUUAUAUCAAGUGACAACUACGGAAAGAGUGGUAGAUUUGCUUAAUGAUGCCGAAAAUAAAGGUCCUGAAACUCGUGGACAAAUAAUCAUUUUUUGUUCUCUCAAAAUCAUGUGA